AUGACUGAAAGCUCUGAAGAAGAAGUUCUCUACGUUGGUAGCUCUUUGAAGCCUAUUAUAACCAAAAGCUCUGAAGAAAAAAUCUUCGAUGUUGGCAGCUCUUUGGAUUAUACAAGUUAUUUACGAAUACAUGAUGAUUUGUUAUCCUGUAAUAAUAUUAAAUCAUCAUCCUUAUAUUCAGAAAAAAAGUUUGCUAUUUGGGAAUUAGCUUUUAUAUGUGAUCAUGGCUGUACUUAUGAAUCGAAUUCAACAAAAGAUACAAAUACAAAAAAAACACAAUGCCAUUUUCUAGUUAAUGUAUCAUGCCCUAAAAUCAAUAAUUCUGAAAACUCAGUAAUUGUCAAUAAAAUUGUUGAUGAGCAUAAUCACUUAUUGAAUCCAAAAAAAAUCAAAUUUGAGGAUAACAAGAAAUUUACUGACGUGAUGUUGGAAAAUGUAAGAUUUAUGACCAUAUACUGCAAAUUUGGAGCUACAUCUCAACGAAAAUUUCUUGAAGAGAAAUAUCCUACACAACUAAUCUAUUCCAAAGAUUUAUAUGCUGCUAUACAAAAAUUUCGACCUAAUAGUAAAACAUUGAACAAUAAUGCUGUACAGAUCUCAAAUUGGCUUGAUCAAAAAAAGGAUACAGACUCACGUUGGAUUGUUGCCCGAGAUUGGGAUGAUGACAAUACUCUAACUCGAUUACUUUGGAUGAACUAA